CUCUUGCCCUUGUUUGCCCUGGCACACCAAGUUGUCAACCACUCACCGGCGUCGAGAUCUGGCCUUCACGGUUGAACCGUCAACUCUAAUAACCUUUCAACAUUUCCGAAACCCUUUGGCUUCCAACUUUCUCACGGCCUUUGAUCUUUCUUCUUCCCACUCAACGCAAACAGCAGACUAAAAAGUAGCCAACAACCUACACACGUCCUCCCCAACAUGUGGAUCAUCAAUUGGUGUAAGCGACCCUCUCUUCCACUCUUGGUUCGAACGCUGUGGCAAUGAAGACAGUUUCACUGACAACCCUUCUCCUCCAGUCUAUGAUGUUCUUGCAUCACUCGGUCUCCUCAAUAAACAUGCCAAACUUCUCUUCCUCGGUCUGGAUAACGCAGGAAAAACAACUCUGUUGCACAUGUUGAAGAACGAUCGAGUUGCUAUCCUGCAACCCACCUUACAUCCUACAUCUGAAGAGCUCGCUAUUGGAAACAACAGAUUUACAACGUUCGAUUUGGGUGGUCACCAGCAAGCCCGCCGACUCUGGCGUGAUUAUUUCCCCGAAGUCUCCGGCAUCGUGUUCCUGGUUGACGCAAAGGACCACGAGCGACUCCCAGAAUCGAAGGCGGAGUUGGAUGCAUUGCUAGCAAUGGAAGAUUUGGCCAAGACACCUUUCCUCAUCCUCGGCAACAAGAUCGAUCAUCCCGAUGCCGUUUCCGAAGACGAACUGCGACACCAAUUGGGAUUGUACCAGACGACGGGCAAGGGUAAAGUCCCAUUGGAGGGUAUCAGACCGAUCGAGGUGUUUAUGUGCAGUGUGGUCAUGAGACAAGGAUACGGCGAGGGUAUCAGGUGGCUGUCACAAUACGUCUAAGCAUCAAUCGAGCAAUUCCCUCGAGCAACUCCCUUGCAAGCAACCUACUUAACCAUAUGCCAUGAAUGAGCUCCAGUCCAUCACGUUGCAUCUGCAAGAAUCUGCACUUUCCCAGACAUAUAAUUCUUGCCCCACACAGAGAAGAAUUUUGUUCUGCAUAUUACACCAUGCCUCACAGCUCCCCAUCCCCCUUACUUCCUCCACCCACCCCCACCCCCAAACCCAUACACCGGGCCCUGUCUAGAACACAAUCCCUUCCAAACUUUGACCCAGAAUAAGAGUUCAAGCAAGCAGGCGAUGGCAGUGCCCGAUGGCGAUGACGACGACAUCGCCAUCGUCAUCGUCCUGUUCCUCAAACAGUCCAUAUCAUCAAGCAAUGAGGAUCGAUGACGCUUGAGGACUCAUGACAUGAGCCAUAGAAUCUGUAUGCUACUUAGAGCCUUUGUUUUCUCUCCAGUCUUCCCACAAUGGGCUCCUGGACUGUCCUGUGAUGCACGCAAUCAAUGUUGCAGUUUGAGUCCGUUGUGUCAAGAAUUCAUUAUGCUCCAAGUGUUAUCUGUCCGUCCAUUUUUGUUUGAUCUCCGUGUCUGCCUUGUUAUCAAG